GCACAAACUGCAAAGAGGGCCGUGUGCGGGUCCUUCUUCGGGUGCUUUCUUUGGGCCAUGCCCGUCGCCCUGCAUGAGGAGAGCCCUUCUCCGGCUGACGGUGAGCCAACGGAAUUGGCAGGAGGUGAAUAAGAAGGUCUUGGAGGAGGUCCGCCAGGCGGAAUUCGUGGCCUUCGACUUGGAGCUGACCGGACUCCAUGUCUCCUUGGCAGAUGGCGUCCAGGGUCCAAACGGGGACUGGAAACUACUCUCAGGUCCAGAGACAGAGGUGCUUAUUGAUGCCUCGGUUUGUCGGAGUCGCUUUUCUCCAACGAUGAGGACGCCCACAACCACGAAGGAUUUAUCUCUGAUGAGAAAACUGUUCCUUCAAAGAUUCGCUGAGAGGGAUCUUAGAGAGCCAUGGUUCGAAUCCCCUAUGUCUAUGGUAGAGUUAUGUCGAGAAAAUGGGAAGACAUGGGAGCUGUGUCUAUCCGUCCUUUGCUUCCAAGGUAAAGAACGAGCGUUUCAUCGGCGUGGAGCGCUGCUACACGGCACAUCGCGAGGGCGCACAGACCUUCUUGCCAGUUCAGGUUGGGCUUUGUGCAGCGCGGCGCGACCCGCAGAAGAGCUCAGGGGCUUCCUCACAUUGGAUCCUCUCGCCGGUCUCGUUGUAUGUCUUCCCCAAGAAAGCAGAGCACCACUUCUCAGUCUCAGCUGCCACGAUGGUCUUCCUGGAUGAGAAUGGCUUUAACUUCAACGACUGGGUGAGGUAUGGCUUGGGGUGGCUCCGCCCGGCAGAGGAGGAGGAGAAGCGCCGUAGCAUCCAACAGCGCAUCGACGAAGUCACACGCCUGCAGCGUGCGGCCCAGUGCGCUGCUCCACCUCCUUCCCAGGGGACGGAGGAGCAGCCGGCAUUGGAGAUCCCAGAGGGGGCCGAUCGUGCGGUGAUCGACUCUUGCCGCCGGCAAGUGCGCGAGUGGCUUGAGUCGACCACAGACAGUCCUUUGGAGAUCCCAAUGGAGAAUGCCUUUCAGCGACUCCUGAUGCACACGAUCAUUGCUCAGGAGUUCCCAUCGGUCUACAGCCAUUCGGCCCGCCGUGACGGCGAACGCUUUCUGUGUGUCUACAAAUCCCAGGCGGAGGUCUACGAGGAGCAGCUUCGUGCGCUUCAGGGGGAGAUGGAUGCGCUGGACGCGGAGGUGGGCGUUCGCAGCCUCACCGAUGAGAUCACCAAGAGUCAAACGCCUUUGGUGGGACACAACUGCUUUUACGACUUCCUGCACCUCUACCAGUCCUUCUACGCGGAUCUUCCAGAGUCAAUCCAGGAAUUCAAGGCUUCCUGGCUCCAACUCUUCCCGCAGACCUUGGACACCAAGUUCCUGGCCGAGGCGCAUGAGCUGCUGGUUGGCCUCCAACCACCUGCGAACCUCAAGGGCCUUUGCGACUUCAUGAUGCAGGCCUCCAAGACCGACUCAACACCAGAGCCUUUGCCCGUGACCUUCGAGGUCAAUAACCUCACGGGAGUCGAGUAUCGUUUGCCAAACGUUGGAGGCGAAGCUUUGUUGGAGGAGGACGGGUCUCAUGAGGCAGGCUACGAUGCCCUGAUGACCUCAUUGGUCCUGGUACACCAACUCUCACACAUUUUGGGCAAGAAGCGCAUCCCAUGGAGUCAGUUGGACUUUGCGCCACUGCGGAAGCGUCACGCCAAUGACCCGCGACGCUCUCUGACCGAGAUGCUGCCACUGUCCGUGAACCGCAUUCGUUUGGUCAAGGCGCAGCCUAAUGUCAUCAACUUGAGCGGACGGGAUGAGGCCGACAUGAGCCGCCACUUUCUCAUGUCGGGCUACCCCGCCAGCUGGAAGAAGUGGGACUUGAUGAAGGUGUGGUCUCCACUAUGGGUGGGCCUCUCCUACAUCGAUGACACCUCCUGCUGGGUCAUCGCCAGGAAUGAAGCCGAUGCGAUCAGCAUCCAGAAGAUCUACAAGAUGAUUGAGGAGCCGAGCUUCAAGCUGAUGAGCUAUGAGGAGCACAAGGCUGCCGAGGCGGACUCUGUCGCCCCCGCAGAUUGAGCGCCCUUGGAGAAACA